AACAUGUGUAUAGUAUAUGCGGUUAUUGACUCAUUGCAGUGUUCGAGGUCUAUUAAAAGUCAACUCUACUAAAUUAGAGUUGUCUCAUCCGGAAUUCACACAGACAAAAACAGAAUCAAACCAGCUUCCUUCGCAGCAGUGUCUGCAAAUUUGAUCCGUCCACCUAGAUCUCCUCCUCACUCAAUAUCUGAAUCUGAGCUUCGUCGCAGCUCCAAUGGAUUCCUCUGACGAAGAGGGAGAGGAAUACCUCUUUAAAAUAGUGAUCAUCGGCGACUCUGCUGUCGGGAAAUCCAAUCUGCUCUCCCGCUAUGCCCGGGACGAGUUCAACCACAACUCCAAGACCACAAUUGGAGUAGAGUUCCAAACCCAGACGCUUGAAAUCGACGGCAAAGAAGUGAAGGCCCAGAUUUGGGACACCGCCGGCCAAGAGCGGUUCCGCGCCGUUACUUCAGCUUACUACCGCGGCGCGCUCGGCGCGCUCGUCGUCUAUGACAUUAGCCGCCGUACUACCUUCGAUAGUAUCCCUCGUUGGCUCGAGGAGCUUCAAACACAUUCUGAUGCAACCAUUGCAAGGAUGCUUGUUGGCAACAAAUUUGAUUUGGAAGAUAUCAGGGAUGUGAGUGUGCAAGAGGGGAAAAGCCUGGCAGAAGCCGAAGGGUUGUACUUUAUGGAGACAUCUGCUCUGAACUCACAAAAUGUGAAGGAGGCUUUUGAGAUUGUUAUCCGAGAGAUAUAUAAUAGAGUUAGCAGAAAGGUUUUGAACUCCGAUUCUUUUAAGAACGAGGUAUCUGUUAACCGAGUUAACCUUGUCAGUAAUGGCUCCUUGGAUGCAUCUAAUAAGCAAAAUCAAGGCUAUUCUUGUUGCUCCAGGUAAUCCUAGCUGGGUUUCUAUUCUCCAACAACCAUUCAUUUCUACGCGUAUGAACCAGUGCUUGAGUGGUACAACUGGAUUAGAUUGGUUACCAAUUUAUGGCGUAGUGGUUUGGUUGGUCUUUGUCUGAUCAUUUGUUUAAUUAUAUUUGUUAUUUGCAAGAUAUCCUACAGUUAUGUUACACAUGACAAGGUCAUUUAUAUAUACAAGUCAUAAAGAUGAUUUAAUAGUGGUAGUGUUGUAGUACAAUGUUUUGUUUUCUUUUGUUUCAUUUUUCUUGUAUGAAUGAAUUCAGCAUCAAUAUAUAUAUCCUGUAAUUGAACGCUGAUAUUGCUCCGUUAAGGUUCCUGGACUCAUUGAAAUUGUCCAAAAGAUUUUGUAUGGAUUAGUGUUGAUGAAACUGCAUGAGUUGG